AUUUAAAUAUUCAAUUGCAUUGUGACUAGCAACUUUUGAUUCUGCAAAUUAUAAUUUGGGUGAACAAAACUGUCUGGUAGAAAAAUGGAUGCUUAUGAUUCAAAUAAGGAAGAAUAUAGAAGUUGGACUUGUAGUUAUGCAGAUUUACCUAUGGAGAUAUUGCAGCACAUCUUUCGAUACUUGGAUCACUCGGAUUUGCAAAUGGCUGGGAGAACUUGUCAACGGUGGCGUUUUGCUUUAUUUAAUGUGGAAAUUUCCAAAAAAAUCUUAGUUCGUUUUUCCAAACUCUGCUUAUCAGACAAAUUACCACCUGCAAUUGUUUUUAUUAAAAGUGAAAGACACUUCCGGAAUUACUAUUUCGAUGAAGUUACAUUUGGACCGACUGAAGAAAUUAUGAGCUAUAUUGGGAAAACCGCGGAGAAUAUAGUAUUUGAAAAUGUUGAUGUGGGUGACAAACAGUUUUGUGCUAUAUUGCGACUUUUGCCAAAAAUACAUUCAUUAACUAUAACCCGCUGUUCACCGCUUUUUAUGUCUGGUUCUUUUUUAGACAACGAUGACGACCGCCUAUCUCUCAGCUUGAUUUUUUCAAAUAUUCGACACCUUUCUCUGAAGGACAAUCAAUAUUUGUCAGAUGCAAUUUUGUUACGCAUAACAGAAAUGAUGGAUAGUAUUUACUCCUUGGAUUUAUCAGGGUGCCACAUUGCGUAUCAUAAUGCUAUCCAAAGACGUUUUUACCCCAACGAAUUCGAUAUUGCUCCAAGUGAGUCUAUAUUGACUUUUAGAAUUAUUCUUCGCAUAAUAUCAAUGCAUCACAGAACCUUGCGCAACCUCGACCUUAGUAGUACUUUACUUGGUGCUCCCUCACUAAUUGCGUUAAGUGAUUUGGCUAUUGAUGGUCUUCAGCUGCAGCAUCUCAGUCUUGCAAAUUGUAGACAACUGAACACGAUAUCUCUUCAGUCAUUUUUAAAAUCGCAAAUAAAUCUCUCAACACUUGACUUAUCGGAUACCAAUUGUGUUAAUGAUAGUUGUAUUGAUGUGAUCGUCAAAAAUCUUCCGUUAAUUCAAGAACUAAAUAUUGGAGGAUGUACUAAUAUUUCAAAUGUUGGCGCAUCUUAUUUGGGAACUCUUAAAUACUUAAAAAAUUUAAACAUAUCCCAUUGUGAUGGUAUACAGUCAGAUGGUAUUAAGCAUGGUGUGGCUGCUAGUAAAAAUGUAAUACUUCAGUAUCUUCAAAUGGCCCAUUUACAGGUUUGUGUAGAGACUGUAAAAACCCUGUCGAAAAAUCUUCCCGAGCUUCGUGUUCUUAAUUUGGGGCAUUGCGUGAACGGAGUAACCGAUGAAUCGGUCCAAAGUAUCAUUGAAAACUUGCAUUGGUUACGGGUAUUAUCUUUAGAAAACUGCUUUCGGAUUACGGAUGCAGCAUUGACUGGCAUUAACAUCUCACAGUUAUCUAUUGCGAGGAACUCGAACAAUUCACUUGAUAGCCUUAAUCCAAUAUCAGUUCUUUCAUUGGCUGAACGGGAGACUAUAAAUGAUUCCAAUAUGUCAAUCAAAAUUUCGUUGCGUAGUAAAGCCGAAGAAGAAAUUGUACGUGAUGCUCAUAGAAAAAAAGCUAUGUUUGCAGCGUAUGAAAUGAAUUUGAUUGAACAAUGUAAUGUUGAAGGCUACAAUAUAAAAAAAAUACGAGGACUUAAUACAUUGAACUUGAAUGGUUGCCAUAAAAUAUCAGACGUAUCUUUGAAAUAUGGCAUUAAACUUCCCGAACUACGAAACCUAUCGCUGGCGAAUUGUCAACAAAUUUCAAUUAUAGGUUUUGAGCAAUUGGUGCAAGAUUGUCCCUCCAUAGAAACACUUGAUUUGUCUGAUUGCGAAAGUAUCAAUGAUAAAGCUAUACAACUAGUUACUAGUAAACUUACUAGACUACGAUCGCUCCAUAUAAGUGGUUGCAGCCAGUUAACCGAUCAUAGUCUAGAUGCGAUUCUGAUUAACUGCAAAAACUUACAGACGCUUUCUGUGCAUCGCUGCCGAAGUAUAUACACCGACAUUGAAGACAGACUUGCCCAAAUGCCUACACUACGUAAUCUAAAAAUGGACAAUAUGCCGAAUAUGGACAAUGUAUGCUUACUUCGUUUGAAAAAACGACUCGACUACUGAUACUUCGCAGCUAUAUUUUUUGUUUUAUUUUUGUAUUAUUUUCAACUGUAUAAUUAUUAAAAGCGGAUAUCAUGAUUAUUAAGCAGUUAGAGGCAAAAAGUAUUACUAACAAGUAUGUAUAUAAAAUAUUGUACGUGUUUAAAUUUGUAGAUAAAAAUAUAUUGUUGUUGUUAAUAUACACUAGUGUCAGGAUGGUCAAUACCAUUUAUAUUAACAAAAAUGUUACUUAGGCAUUAACUCGAGUUGUUUGGAAAAAAAUAUGUAAAUAAAUUUUAUUUUAUUAAAUUCACUGUUUUGGUGUUAAUGGUAUUUUAAAUAAAUAUGUAUUCGUUAAAAUUGACGCAUACGCCAAAAAAUUAUAUACUGCGCCAAUUGCGACAGAACUUUCUCAAACUCAUGUAUUUAAACUUAAAGCGAAAAAUCAGAAUAACUUCUAAUCUAGCAUUGAAUAAACUUUUAAUGUUUUUAUUUUA